AAAGCUACAAUUUUAUUUUAUUUUACAAUCUGCUGGUCGCGCCAAAGUCUUCAAGUCACAACUCGUCGCAUCACAACUUCAGCAAAAAUGGCGCCUUCGAGAACGAGAACGAUUAAAAACAAGCAUGCCGCUAAUAAAUCAGGUAUAUCUUCCAGCAAGUCUUCGAAAGGAGGUUCAUCAGAUGGCGUUGUCAAGUCGAAGAAGAAAAGCCCGGUACUCUCGAAGCAGGUGAAAGGGAAAAACAUCCCCGACCUGUUGAAGAAGAAAAAGAAGAAGGUCUAUACGGAGAAAGAAUUGGGUAUUCCGGAACUGAAUAUGAUUACUCCUGUUGGUGUUACGAAGCCCAAGGGAAAGAAGAAGGGCAAGGUUUUCGUGGACGAUAAGGAAAGCAUGAACACAAUUUUAGCUAUGGUCCAGGCUGGCAAGGAGGGCGAGAUCGAGUCCAAGAUGAUCAAGGCCCGACAGAUGGAAGAAAUCCGGGAGGCAAGAAGAAUCGAGGCCGAGAAGAAAGAAGAGGAGAAGAAAGCGAAGCUCGACGAAACUAAAGAAUCGCUGAGAAGGAAGAGGAAGAGGACUAAGCAUUCUAAUGAUAACGACGACGACGGUGAUAGAAUCAAAGAAGUCGCAUCUGCAGGAACCAAGGCCACCAAGGCUAAGAAGAAGAGAGUCUCGUUCGCGUAGGAGAGUUUUGGCCGGGAAUAUGAGUAACUGGAUGGCGUUUUGGCGUUGAUUCGGGCUACCCCCCCGAGAAAAUACGAGCAUUGAUCCAUAAGAUUAGCAUUAAAGCAUUUUCGCGAUACCCCCUCCAAGACGAAAUUAAUAUGGUCAUUAACCAUGU